CUGUUUUGCUUGGCAGAUGGACCCUAAGUAACACUGAAUGUUAGCUCUGGAAAUUUCAUAAGCUCUGCAGUGGCUGGGAUGUUGCGACAGAACGGUGGCAGCAACAAGCGUGGUUUAGGAUUAACUAAACUGUCUACCUCCAAUUUCUUCACCAUCUCUAAUACAGGAAACUGGGGGAUGGGGCGCAGCACCAAAAGUAGUUCUCUGAGCAGCAUUAGCUCAAACUCUGAUGGCUAUGACAGCACUAUUGUGGACCCAGAAUAUAUCAUGCAGCUGGUGAACGAUGUCAGAAAAUUUGCAGAUGUUCUACUUUAUUUGAAAGAAGCCAUUCUUUCAGAAGAAAAUCAAGAUUGUCUCCAUCAAGUUGUUCAUGAACGUUUGGGUGAGCUACUUCGUGUAUUAAAGGCAAUAAUUAACAAACAUCAGAGUCUCAACUCAGUUGACGUUCUAAGUGCUGCAGGAACAGUCAUUGCAAAAGUCAAAGCUGUGAACUUUAAGGAAGUUAAUGAAGAAAACAAGCGAGAAGUAUUAAGUGAAAUAUUCUCUUCUAUUGACUUACUGGCAUUUACUUUUGGCAACAUAGUUUCAGACUUCCUUAUGGGAGAUGUGGAUAAUGGCUCAGGACUGGGUCUUCCUGUAUCUCGGCAAAAUCAGUCUUUUGAAAAUCUUUGUGUGGAUUCUGGAGGAUCAUUGCAUGAAAGAGAAGGUGUUCAAACAACAGGGCACCUUAAUGCUGAAGAAAUUGAUAACACUCUCCUAAGAAAUGAUAAUGGAAUCAAAUCUGCUCUAUCCUAUGCUAAAGCAUGGUCAAAAUAUGCAAAAGACAUUGUUGCUUGGGUAGAGAAAAAGAUUAAUUUGGAAAUGGAGUAUGCUAAAAGUCUGGCAAAAAUAGCAGAAACCACUAAGACUGUUAUUGGAACUCAGGACUACAUGCCAUUCCAGUCAAUAUUCAUAAAUGCAUUUCAAAAUGAUAUAGAGAACAGUCAGCUUUGGCAGCAGACAGCAACAGCUCUCCAAACUAAUAAAUUUUUACAGCCACUCCUUGGGAGAAAAAAUGAAUUGGAUAAACAAAGAAAAGAGAUAAAGGAACUUUGGCAACGAGAACAAAAAAAAAUGCAAGAACUGGAAUCUUGUGUAAGAAAAGCAAAGCUAUUAUAUGUUCAGCGGCAAGAUGAGUAUGAGAGGGCAAAAACAACAACUGUUCGUGCUGAGGAGGAACAUAUGACCUCCAAUGGGGGCAUUACAAAAGAUAUCAGCAAACUAGAAAAGAAACGUAAACUAGAAGAGGAAGCUCUCCAAAAAGCUGAAGAAGCCAAUGAACAUUUCAAAGCCAGCAUGGCUGAAGUUGAAGAAAAGAGAAAUGAUCUAGAAAAUUUCAAAAGUGAUAUUUUAACACAACUACGGGAACUAGUUUAUCAAUGUGAUCUCACACUAAAAGCUGCAACAGUUAACCUGUUCCAGAUGCAGCAUGCCCAAGUUGUCUCCCUACCAGUCAACUGUCAGUCCCUUUGUGAGAGUGCCAAGCUGUAUGAUCCAGGAAAAAAGUUCUCUGAAUUUGUGAAGAAUUUGCCAAAAUAUGAUGUUCCUACUGAAUCUGUUUGCUUUGAAACUCAAAGUUCCCAGGUUGGAGGGGUUUUCAGUAAACAAUCAAACAAUGCCCAUGCAUCACAAGGAAGCAUAUCUCAGUGCUCAGGAGAUUAUCCUAUUCAGUCACUAGAUGAUAUUACAAGCCCAGUCUGUCUUCGCUCCCAAAAGAUUGGAGACAAAAGAUCUUCAAGCAGUACAGAUAUCUCUGCUGUGCGAGGUCCACCACCUUUCAGAUCCUGGUCAGUUGGUAAUCAAAGUGGAGGAAUGUGCAGUGAUUCUGAAAGUGCAGGAGGAAGCAGUGAGUCACGAUCUGUGGAUUCUCCAUCUGCUAGCCCAGUAGGUGACUUUAAAAGAAGGCUUCCUCGUACACCAUCUACAGGUACCAUGUCAUCUGCAGACGAUCUUGAUGAAAGAGAGCCACCUUCACCUUCUGACUGUGGUUUAAAUGAUCUAGCAGCUGAAAUUGCCAGUUCUCCUGGACCUUUUCGAAACAUUCUCCUAUCUAAGGCAGCACAAACACACAAACUCCGGAAACUGAGGGCUCCAUCUAAAUGCAGGGAAUGCGAUAGUCUGGUGGUAUUCCAUGGAGCAGAAUGUGAAGAGUGUUCACUUUCCUGUCACAAAAAGUGUUUGGAGACUUUAGCUAUUCAGUGUGGACAUAAAAAGCUUCAUGGAAGGCUUCAUUUGUUUGGGGUAGAAUUUACUCAAGCUGCUAAAAAUAGUCCAGAUGGUAUCCCCUUCAUCAUAAAAAAGUGUACCUCUGAAAUUGAAAGCAGAGCCUUAAAUGUCAAGGGGAUAUACCGUGUGAAUGGAGCCAAAUCCAGAGUUGAAAAACUUUGUCAGGCAUUUGAAAAUGGGAAAGAUUUGGUAGAAUUAUCCCAGCUCUAUGCACAUGAUAUAAGUAAUGUCCUUAAACUAUAUCUUCGCCAGCUCCCUGAACCUUUGAUUUUGUUUCGACUUUAUAAUGAAUUCAUUGGACUUGCGAAGGAAAGCCAGAAUAUUAAUGAGGAAUUUGAUAUGAAGCAGAUGAGCCCAAAAUCAAACAAAAGGCAAUCCAUUUGUAUUGAAUUGAAUAGGAUCUUACUUAAAAUCAAAGAUCUACUGAAAUUACUGCCUGCAGCGAACUAUAACACUCUGCAGUUUCUUUUAGGUCAUCUAUACAGAGUUAGUGAACAGUCUCAUGAAAAUAAAAUGUCUGCCAGCAACCUUGGCAUUAUAUUUGGUCCAACUUUGAUCAGACCACGUCAGACAGAUGCUACACUUUCACUAUCUUCACUUGUGGACUAUCCAUAUCAAGCCCGAGUGGUAGAACUUCUGAUCACUCACUAUGAGAAGAUCUUUGACGUUGCACAGGAACAUUCAUCAGUUGCAUCUGAAUCUGAUGAAAAUUCUUUUUGUACUAAAAGUAUUUUAUCGGUAGAAGAUAAAGAAGCAUAUCAACAAAGGAAAGCACUGCCUUUCGUGGCUAUGAAGGAAAGUGUCAAGUUGAUCCAAAAUGAGAGGAACAAUUCUGAAACAAGCAUAUCUCUUGAAGAACCAGAUGGUAGCAAAAGUUCCCCCUCCCAAUCUGAUUCCUUAGUGAAAGGCAACAGAGUGGCUUCAGUUUCAGAUCAAGACAAUGGGAAGCAUGACCUUAAAACUGAGGAUGGUGUUAAAAGCAAUCAGUUAAUAAGGCCUAAUCGUCAAAUAACCAAAGUUCAGUUGCGUUCUCAGAGGACAAAGCCAUUUCUUCGUCCUGUGAGUUUACCUUUAGGACCAAUGCUUCCUCCCUGUAUUUUAAAUGAGCGGAACUCCCAAAAUGCAAGUCUGAGUCCAGAGAAACUUGGGAAAAGUCCUGUUAUUGAAGAGGUUUCUGAGACACAGUCACUCCCCACUGUUAAUGCUGGUUGUAGACUCUCUUGUUAUGACCCACAGAUUCAGAAAAAAACUUGGGACAAGCAAUAUAAGCAGUAUGAUAUGACUUCAAGGACAGCAAUGAUUGUGACCAAUAUAUCCCAGGAAAACCUAACACAAGAGUCUGUAAAUACGUGUGCCUUAAGUACAUCUAGUAACCUUGUUAACAAUUCAGUAAAUGCCAUACUUCCUGGUAAGCCAUAUACAGGACCUGUUAGGGCUGCAAGGACUACAGUAGAAGCUCAUUCCACAGUCCCUAAUCCUGUUGCUACUUUCAGAAUGCCAAGAACUUUACAACCACCACCAGGAACAUUUUAUAAACCACCACCCAACAAUAAGGCCAAACCAAAUGAUGAGAGUUCUACACCCAAACCCUAUGCAGCAAUAAUCCAAGAUGAGGUUCCAGGGCUAGGUGUGAAUCCUGGCCUUGCUCAUGGCACUUUGGAUUCUUCUAGCCACCAUGGAAAGCAACACAAAGCUAGUUCUGAAGCCCUUUCCCCUGCAGACCUGAAGCCCACUUAUCAGAGAUUAAGGCCAAAGCGGAUGCAAGAACUGGAACAUAGGGAAGCUCAUUUUGUAUAGGGCAAUAAAAACUUCUGGGACUCUUUUUUUUUUCUUGAGGAUUUCACCUUUGUGCCAUAUUGAAAUUAUUUUUUAUAAAUACCUGUACAGACAUUUUAAAACAUGGAAUGAAAAAAGCUGUGAAGAAUAAUGAAGUUAAUUUUUUUAUUAUUAUUAUUAUUAUUAUUACAUUUCUCUCAAGAGUAUUUAAAUGCAUUCCAAAUGUAAAAGCAGCUAAUAUGAAGUGCACUCAAAGAAACCUUAUAAUCUACUUCAUUUGUGGAAUUGUACUUUUUCUCAUGGAAGCCUACUUAUGUUAGAGUGCAGCAGUGAAAAGAGCCCGUAUCCAAGAAUAAAUGGUUUAUUAAGACUGCAGAGUAUGAAAUAUAGAUACUUAAUUUAAGAAUAAACCAAAGCUUGAAGCAUUGCUCUAAGUGUCUGUAUUUAGUUUUUUCUCUACUCUGGACAAUUAAAUGCUCCUUGGUUAACAUGAUCUUUAUAUACUUGCAUGUCAUAUGUUUUAUAUAGCAUUUUUUGACAAGUUAUGUUGUCACUUGUUACUUGUACAGAAAAGAUUGAACUUUACUAUAAAACUAUUUUAAAAACUUUUAUAGCAGUUAUUGUAUAGUUUAAAUGCACAAAAAUUAACUAGUUCAGUUGCCAUUCAGUAAAAAAAAUCCUGUAGAAGUGGUGCAGACAUCCCUAAUUAUUAUGAAGUUAGAGUUUUCUCAUCACAGAAAAGAGCUUUUUUAUUGCUUUAAGAGAAAUUUAAAUCUUAGGCAUAGUGAAAUAGAUAAAAAUAACCCACUGUUUAUUAACUUCAUCAAAUAGUGUUUCACUGUAUAUAAAAUUGCUUUUAUAUGUAUACUAUUUGCCUUAAAAAUAUACAUUAAUAUCCACAUAUUCUGUAAUGCACUUCAUCUUAUUCAAUACAGACUUUUUUAUAUUGUUAAUAUAAUAUGAUAUGAAUUACACUACUAUUUUUUAAAAACCAUACAGAAGGGUUUGUGUUUAUCCUACAUUAAAAUAAUAUUAUGAACAUUUUUGAAAUAAAACAAGAUGAUGGUUGAGGAAAUUAAUAGCUAUAGGUGGUAUAGCUUACCUCAAAGGAAUAGUGAAGUAGUGUAUUUACAGAAGUUACAGCUAUUGGGCUUUUUCUUUUUCUUCCACUGAGUUCCAGUUCACUGUAACGAAUCACAAACAGAAAUACUGGAUGUGAAAGCAUAAUUUGACACUAAUAGUCAACUUGUCUGGAAAAGGCUGGGGAGUUUUUAGACAUGCUGAUUAAUGUGGAAUCUUACCAGAAAAAAGAACUCUUUAAGAUGAGAAUGAAUGGCUUAUUAUUCUUGUGAACAUAGCUCCACUUCCAUGAAGCAACUGUUUGUGCCACCUUUACGAUAUUUGGUAGAAAGCACAAAAAGUUUUGCAUUAGUUCUCUUGAUCUAUUCACCUGAGAACAUGAGAGUUUGAAAAUGGAUAAAAAAUUGGGCUGCUUACACUGGCUCCAUCUCAUAUCUUUUCCAGUCUUUACUUACUCAACUGGAAAUUCUGAAGGAUUGCUUUAUUGAAGUUUCCUGGAAGGCUUCUGUGCUGCUGUAUCAGAAAAAAAAAAUUCUAUUUCAUGGAAAUGUAAUGCUGCAGUUUAAAAGGCCAGAACUCUAAUCCACCAUUUAUUCCUUCAGAGAUGGACAGGAAGGUAGUGUCCCAAGCAGGAUCUGUCAGCCAGCCAUCAUUUGUUUCCUGCAAACAAUUCCAAAUAACUUACUCUUAAACAAAAAUAUGCUGUAAUAUAAACAACAAAUAAAUUAACAUAAAUGGUGUCAGGAGGACUGUUGCAAUGUUGCAAAGAAAUACAGAUGCUUGAGACUUGUACCAGACUUUUCACAGAUGCAACAAAUCAUAUCAGAUAUAUUUUAAUUUAUUUAUUAUUUAAAUUAGAGCCACUCAGUUCCAAAUUGCACCUAGCCACUCUCUUCUGUCAGAAUGUAUGUGGUAACAAGCACUUCUGUUCAUAAAAACAAAAUAAAUUGAUGCUUCAGUCACAUGAGAUUGGAGCCACUUCACACACAGUGUUAGAAAUUUAAGUCUUUCCCUUUAUACUGAUGAUUCAUCAUACCACUGAUGUAGGAUGAAGAUGCUGCAGAAGCAGUGAAGAUGCUGCAGGAGUGACUUUGUUUUUGUGGUAAAUAGUCUGGAAGCUAGAAAAGAUAAUUAAGCAUCCCCAUCUAGAUUAAGAAGACAUGCUGGGUCAUAUUUAAAGUACAGUAAGGUUUAAUAAAUCAUGGUUACAGAUUGUAGUUGAAGGUAGAGCAUUUUUUCCAUAAUAUGGGUCCUCCAGACAAUCCAUUAAACCUAAUCCCAAUACAGGUAGUCCUCACUUAGCAACUGCCCUGUUUAGUGACUGUUCCAAGUUACAACAGUGCUGAAAAAG